UUUACCCCUCCCCCUCCUCCGCUCUACUCUCCCUUGGUGUCGCCGACUCCCGCCGCGUCACCCUCCCCUCUGGCCCUCUUGCCCUCGUGUCCCUCUCCCCACAUCCACUGUAUCCGACCCCCUCCCCCGUCUCCUUUGAGCCUGGCAGGCGAAGCCGACCCCUCGCACCAAAAUGAUGCCCGUUGGCGCCAUGGGCGGAGCGAUGCGGAGCAAGGAUGAAGACUCCCACGACCGCUCCCGCUUUUCCCAGGUCGACAAGUACACCGUCCUCCAGGAUGCUCGCGUCUUCAACAACGCCGGAUCCGACAACAUCACCAAGUGCCUGCAGGUCCUGACCCGGAUCAUGUACCUGCGCACCUGCAAGGGUGAGGCCUUCACCGAGCAGGAGGCCACCAACCUCUUCUUCGCCGUGACCAAGCUCUUCCAGAGCCGCGACGUGAACCUCCGGCGAGUGGUUUAUCUGACCAUCAAGGAGCUGGCCCCGAUGGCCAGCGAUGUGAUCAUGAUCACGUCCAGUCUCAUCCGCGAUGUGUCCUCCGCCUCGUCCAGCGUGGAUGUCGCCGCUGGCGAGGGCGCCAUCUAUCGGGCCAACGCCCUGCGUGCGCUCAUCUCCAUUGUCAUGACCGACCCCUCCGUUCUGCCGUCGGUUGAGCGCCUCAUUCGCCAGGCCAUUGUCGACCGGUCGCCGGUGGUGUCCUCCGCCGCGCUGGUCUCCUCGCUGCGCCUGCUCUAUACUGGUGGCAGCUCGGCCUCCAUGAUCCGCGAGACCAUCCGCCGCUGGAUCCAGGAGGCCACCGAGGCCAUCUCGCGCCAGUCCCCCAUGAUCAAGUACCACGCGAUGGCCCUCAUCUGCGAGAUCCGCUCGCGCGACCGCACCGCCGUCCUGAAGUUCCUCCAGUCCAUCAUGCAGUCGGUCAAUGCCGGCUUCAUUGGCAAUUCCCCGCACGCCACCAUGAUGCUGGCCCGGCACAUUGGCACCAUCCUGCGCGAGGAGAGCCCCGACAGCGGCGCCCGCAAGCAGUUCUACCCCAUGCUGGAGUCGCUUGUCCGGUACAAGAGCGACAUGGUGGUCCUGGAGGCCGCGCGCGCCAUUGCCGCCCUGCCGAGCGUCACCAGUCGCGAGCUUCUGCCAGCCAUCUCUGCCCUUCAGCAGUUCCUCUCCUCGGCCCGGCCACUGUUCCGGUUCUCCGCCCUCCGGACCCUGGCCCAGAUUGCCGCCAGCCACCCGCUGUCCGUGUCGCAAUGCAACCUCGACAUCGAGGCCCUGGUGGCUGAUCCCAACCGGUCGAUAGCCACUUUGGCCGUGACUACCCUGCUCAAGACGGGCAGUGAGGCUUCGGUGGACCGCCUGCUGGUUCAGGUGGAGGCACUGAUGCCGGAGAUGCCGGAUGAGUUCCGCUGCGUCCUGGUCGAUGCCGUCCGGGCCCUGUUCUUCAAGUUCCCCUCCAAGCAAACCCGCCUGUUCCACUUCCUGGCCUCCUGCCUGCGGGAUGAUGGCGGUCUUGCCUUCAAGCGCUCCCUGGUUGAUGCCCUCAUCACCUGUGCCCAUAAUGUUCCCGAGUCGCGGGAGUUCGCCCUCCUCCACCUGUGCGAGUUCAUCGAGGAUUGCGAGUUCCCGGCACUGGCCAUUCGCGUGCUGAAUUUCCUUGGCGCCGAGGCUCCGAACACUUCUUGCCCCGGGAAGUUCAUCCGCUACAUCAACAACCGCGUCAUCCUGGAAUCGGCGCCAGUCCGCGCGGCUGCCUGUUCGGCCCUGGCCAAGUUUGCCCUGAGCCCGCCCCCCUCGUCGGUCCCGCUGCCGUCGGCCGGCGGGGACGAGCUCUCACGCGAGGACUACAUGCUGGCCCUGCGCACGGCGCGCGAGACCCAUGCGUCGCUUCGGAAGUCCGUGCGGGUGCUGCUGGAGCGGUGCACGCGCGAUGCCGAUGACGAGGUCCGCGACCGGGCGUCGUACUACUGCUCGCUCAUUGACGCGGUGAUGCUGCAGUCGGCACUGGCCGCCGGUGGUGGGGCCAAGCCUGGCGCGGCGGAGACCGGCUUCGGGGAGAGCGACUUCGCCGAUGCCAUGGGCACCCCGCUCGAGGAGGAGCUGCUUGGCUACAUCGGCGCCAAGGACACCAUCAUCGUCCCCAACGCCAAGGAUAUCCUGGAUGCGUCGACCCUCUCGCCGGGAGCGGCCAGUGGCACGGCCCUGUCGCCUGGUGGCGCGGCCGCCGGCAAUGAUUUCGCCAAGCUGGCCGACGUGUCGUCGGUUCUGCUCUCGGUGCCGCAGCUGUCGCCUUAUGGCGUGCCCCUCCGGUCCUCGGCCGGUCCGGUCCCUCUGACCGAGGCCGGCACCGAGUUCUCGGUGGCCCUGGUGAAGCACAUCUACAAGUCGGUGGUGGUGCUGCAGUUUGACAUUGCCAACACCCUGGCCGAGCAGCAGAUCGAGGAUGUGUCGGUGGAGCUGGACCUGGACCAGUAUGGCGGCAUCUGCCAGGCGGAGCUGGUCCUGCCGGCGCCGGUCAUCGGCCCGAAUGAGACCGCCCGGAGCUUCAUCGUCCUCCGGGCCACCGAGUCGGUCCCGGUCACCGAGGACACGGUUCUGACCCCGGAGAUGGCGGCCGUCGGGGCGGUGACCAUGCCGAUCGUGGCCUCCUUCGGGACGCACCUGCUGUUCACCGUGCGCGACAUCGAUCCCGACACGAUGGAGCCCUCGCCGAGCUCCUACACCGAUCGCUAUGAUCUCGAGCCGGUGGAGAUCACCCUUGCCGACAACAUGAUCGCUUCCGGGCCGGCGCCACCUUCUCUGGCACAGGCCUCCUUCCGUGACGCGUGGUCCCUUUUCAACAAGAACACCGAGUUCUCCGAGACCUACACCCUGCCGGUGUCCGCCGAGCAGGCCCCCCUGCAGGCUCUGGUCCGGUCGGUGAUCGGCCUGCUCGGCAUGCGGGCGUCCGACGGGUCGGAGACGGUCCUGUCCAGCCCGGACACCGGCGAGGAGGCCCACACCCACACGCUCCUGCUGUCUGGCCGCCUGCUUGGCCGCCAGCCGCCCUGCCUGAUCCGCGUGCGGCUGGUCCGCGUGUCGGCCGACUCUUCGCCCACCGGCAUCCCGGCCAUCGUCAUGCAGAUCACCGUCCGCGCGCCGGACCACCCGACGGCCGAGUUCAUCGCCCGCCUGAUCGCCUAAGGAGAGGGGGAGACUUGUGCUCUCCUUUUCACAUGCUCCUGGUUUGGCUCCCGCCCCUCGGGCGGCGCUUCUCCCAUGCUCUACCUCCCUGUCCCCGCCUUUCUCUCUCGGGCAGGCGGCCGGACGGGGGAGAGGGAGGGGGGGGGGGGG